UGGGGAUCCGGGCUGCCGGCCAGCCGGCCUAGCGGCGGGUGCGGCGUUCUCCCGCGGCCACAAGGAUGGCUAAGGUCCCGGAGCUGGAAGAAGCCUUCCUACGGACGCAACCCUCGCCCCAAGUUUCGCCUGAGAUCCCGGAGUGUUGUGUGCAGCUUCUGGGCAAGGGCUUGCUCUCCUACCCGGAGGAAAGGGUGUACCUGGCGGCUGAGGCGCAGCUGGGAGGCCAGCGAAGCAGCAGCGAGCAAGGGGAAGACUCGGAGCUGCCGGUGGGAGUUAAAUCAGAAAUGCAUUUAAGCAAUGGUAACUUCUCUGAAGAAGAAGAAGAUGCGGAGAGUCAUGAUAGCAAAGCCAAAGCAGCCGAUCAGCACCUCUCUCAGAAGAAAACCAUCACGCAGAUUAUGAAGGAUAAAAAGAAGCAGACCCAGCUCACGCUGCAGUGGCUUGAAGAGAAUUAUAUUGUAUGUGAAGGAGUUUGCUUACCACGGUGCAUCCUUUAUGCACAUUAUUUAGAUUUCUGCAGGAAAGAGAAGUUAGAGCCAGCCUGUGCAGCCACCUUUGGAAAGACAAUUCGCCAGAAAUUUCCCCUCCUAACUACACGACGACUUGGAACAAGAGGCCAUUCAAAGUAUCAUUAUUAUGGGAUUGGCAUCAAAGAGAGCAGUGCAUAUUACCACUCCGUAUAUUCUGGAAAGGGCCUGACAAGGUUUUCUGGAAGCAAGCUGAAGAAUGAGGGUGGCUUCACUCGGAAAUAUUCACUUAGCUCAAAAACUGGAACACUUCUUCCAGAGUUCCCAAGUGCACAACACCUUGUGUACCAAGGAUGCAUUUCAAAAGACAAGGUUGAUACUCUCAUCAUGAUGUACAAAACCCAUUGCCAGUGUAUCCUGGACAAUGCAAUUAAUGGAAACUUUGAAGAGAUCCAGCAUUUCUUAUUACACUUUUGGCAAGGAAUGCCUGAUCAUCUUCUUCCCCUGCUCGAAAACCCUGUUAUUAUUGACAUUUUCUGUGUUUGUGACUCAAUUCUUUAUAAGGUUCUUACAGAUGUACUCAUUCCUGCAACAAUGCAAGAAAUGCCUGAAAGCUUACUAGCAGACAUAAGAAAUUUUGCUAAAAAUUGGGAACAGUGGGUUGUUUCAUCCUUGGAAAACUUGCCAGAAGCCCUAACUGACAAGAAAAUACCCAUUGUGCGAAGAUUUGUAUCUUCCCUCAAACGACAGACAUCUUUUUUACAUCUUGUGCAGAUUGCCAGACCAGCUCUCUUUGACCAGCACGUUGUGAAUUCCAUGGUAUCUGAUAUUGAGAAGGUUGACUUGAAUAGUAUUGGAUCUCAGGCUCUUCUCACCCUUUCAGGCAGCACAGACACUGAAUCUGAUAUCUACACUGAGCAUGACUCUAUCACAGUGUUCCAAGAACUGAAGGAUCUCCUUAAGAAAAAUGCCACCGUGGAGGCUUUUAUUGAGUGGUUGGACACAGUGGUAGAGCAGAGAGUUAUUAAGACCAGCAAACAAAAUGGAAGAUCGUUAAAGAAGAGGGCUCAAGACUUUCUACUGAAGUGGAGCUUUUUUGGUGCUCGAGUAAUGCAUAAUCUCACCUUGAACAAUGCAUCCAGUUUUGGUUCUUUCCAUUUGAUCCGAAUGCUUCUUGAUGAAUACAUUCUCCUGGCCAUGGAGACCCAGUUUAAUAAUGACAAAGAACAGGAGUUGCAAAACUUACUGGACAAGUAUAUGAAGAACUCAGAUGCAAGUAAAGCUACCUUCACUGCUUCUCCAAGUUCAUGCUUUCUGGCCAACCGUAAUAAAGGGAACACAAUUACAAAUGACACCGUGAAGAAUGAAAGCUAUGUGGAAACAACCUACCUUCCUCUGUCAUCCAGUCAGCCUGGAAGUUUAACCUCUGCUCUGCAUCCAUUCCCAGCUGAGAAUGCAGACAAUCUACCGCUCACAGGUCAAAUGGACCUUUCCCAGAGUGCUGGUCAUCUGAUGACACCACCCAUUUCGCCAGCCAUGGCAAGCCGAGGAAGCGUCAUUAACCAGGGGCCGAUGGCAGGGAGACCUCCAAGUGUGGGCCCAGUAUUGUCAGCCCCUUCACAUUGCCCAACAUACCCAGAGACAAGUUAUCCUACUCUUCCUCAAGUCAACCAUGACUUUUAUGGGACUACCUCUAACUAUCAGACUAUAUUUAGAGCACAGACCCAUGGCCCAUCAGGACUCUAUCCUCACCGCACCGAGCAUGGUCGAUGUAUGGCCUGGAGUGAACAGCAGCUUUCUAGAGACUUCUUCAGUGGCAGCUGUGCUGGGUCUCCAUAUAGUUCCCGGCCACCGUCCACUUAUGGGUCAUCAUCACAUGCCCAAGAUUCACACAGUAUGCAGUUUCUAAAUACAGGAAGUUUCAAUUUCCUGAGCAAUGCAGGAGCUGCUAGCUGCCAAGGAGCAGCAUUGCCUCCUAAUUCACCAAAUGGAUACUAUGGAAGCAAUAUAAACUACCCAGAGUCUCACAGACUUGGAUCAAUGGUGAAUCAGCAUGUUUCCGUCAUCAGCAGUGUUCGCUCACUGCCUCCCUACAGUGACAUCCACGAUCCACUCAACAUUUUAGAUGACAGUAGCCGAAAGCAGACCAGCUCAUUUUACGCAGACACAUCACCUUCAGUGGCUUGUCGGACUCCAGUAGUGGCAUCCAGCUUGCAAACUCCAAUUCCUUCCUCUUCCCAGUGUAUGUAUGGAACUUCUAAUCAGUAUCCAACUCAAGAAACUCUGGAUUCCCAUGGUGCAAAUGGUAGAGAAAUGGUGUCUUCUUUGCCACCUAUCAACACUGUGUUCAUGGGAACAGCAGCUGGAGCUGGAGGGACUUAAACCAACAAUUUUGGGAAGGGGUUGAAACUUUGCAAAUUUCUACUGCCCAAAUAGUUACUCACUCAGACCACCCUGAGAGUAAAGAAAAUGGACUGUGCAGAAAGAGAACAUUUGUUUCAAGUCACUGUCCAAAACAUGGACAACUCCAUAAAGAAAGGAAAUAUUUGCAGAGUUUGUGGUGCACACAAAUUGCUUAAAAUGUGAUCUCAUUAUUAAUCAAAGUUUCAAACAUUAUCAAAUGGAAUCAGUGAAGAUUUGAAGAUGCAAACAUUUCAACUAUAACAAUUUAAUAUUUUGCUUUCUAAUUUAUUGAAGAAUUGCGUGCUGUUUCAUGUAUGGUUUCUAAAUGAGAGAAAAGUUUAUUUAAUGCCUUUACAAUACCCUUAAUUUAUUGGGAUCUCAGAAUCAUUGUUUACUAUCCCUUAUUUGACAAAAAAGUCAAAUGCAUAUGUUCUACCUCCUAUGGAAAUGUUUACAAGGUCAAGAGGUAAUGCAGUUCAGCCUAGACCAAAGUUGCUUGACUUUCAACUCCUCUGCGUUAGUGUGAUGAUUUCUGUUACAGAGCAGUAUCCCAUUUCUAUGUAACUGGACAGCAAUAAUAAAAGCUUUCACUUCUUUACUUAUAAAAUAUAAGAAGAAAUAAAAUAAUGUGUGGACAUA